GUCCAAGAGCAGCAUUGUGCAAAAUAGUUUAUUAUAUUCAUUUUUUUCCUUGUGCAUUCGUGGAUUUGAAGUGAAGAAUUUCCGUCAACAUUGCCAAUCCAUGCGCGCUCGAUGACGAUGACGAUGGUGUUAUUUAUUGGACUGUCUUGAAGCGACGUCAGACAAGCGCGACCUCGAAACUACUUCGUCAAUCAGUCAUCAGUGGUUAAAGUGCCAGAGGAAAGCUAGUCAGUGGUAGUGAUUUAUUCCAACAGAGCGUGAAAAAUGUCUUUGUAACCGCAGGAGUUGCAGCAGUAGACACAAGUGUGAUUCAUUUUUGACUUUCUCCCCAUUCCAUUGGCCUACUCAUCGAAGGGAUUAGGAGCGAUGGAUAAAAUGGAAGAGAUUAAGUACAAGGUGCUUGAUCUAAUCAAUAAAAAAAAAGACGUGAAAAUUCCCAAGAUGGGCUUCACCGAUUAUUAUUCGCAACAGCAGCAUCAUCAGACACCACAACAAAAACAUUCCUCUCUGUCAGGCAGAACAGCUGGUUCGUCCGGACGCAAUUCGACGGCGUCUGCUUCCCAGCUAGAACUAUACUGUCCGUUUGAUGAUGAUGCGGAUGAUCGAUCGAGCCGCGAUGUUACCGAUAAAAACAAACUGUCGGACCAGGAAGUUCUCGAGUCUACUGAGGCGAUUUACUUCGAUGGCGGCAGUAAUACUGGCCUUCACGAGCUAAAGAAAUUAUCUGAAGCGGAUCAGUUGCUUAACUGUUCAAGCAUUGAAGGAACAAUGGGUGUAUUGAAACAACAGCACAAGGUUAUCUCGAAAAAGGUUUUGCAGUUGAUCCUGGAACAACGACCGGCUUGUAAUGCUGAAUUCCAAAGAAUACAAGAAACGGAAACUAUGUUGCGUGAUACGAUUGAUGUGUGCCGUACUACGAGGACAUAUUUGAACGGUUCAAGGAAGCUAUUGACGGCAACUAACCUGGAGAUAUUGGCGGCCUACAAAAAACGCCAAACUCUUCAAAAUCUCCUCAAAACUUUGAAUGCUCUAAAAAGUAUGCGUUCGAUUGACCAGCGAUUACAAAAGCGACUUUCCGAUGCGGACUACGGAGGAGCGAUCGCAAUAUUGCUGGAGAACAAAAAUCUAUCGGAGCGAUUCCAGCAAUAUAAAUGUGUUGAGUCGCUUGCGGCAAAGUUGCAUGAUACGCUUAUGACCAGUGAAAUUCAGUUGGAAGGUGUGCUGAGCGAAAUUCCUACUGCAUUCGAUGCCAAACGUUACGCCAAGCUACAGGAAGCGUACAAAUUACUGGAAAAGCAACUGUUGGCGAUGGAUCAGCUGCACAUGAAUUUUAUCUCAUCGAUUCACACGGCUGCCUUUACCGUGCUUAAGCAGCACAUGGAGGCGAGUCUGGAGCAGACGAAACUAACAUUCGAACAAAUGUGUGAGACCGUGCCAAGCGAAAAGUACAUCCACUGCCUGACGGAUUUAUGUCGGGCAUUUUGGAAGAUUCUAGUUUCCUACUAUCAGGUUCGAAGCUGGCAUCAGAAUCAAAAACUUUGCGAAAAAGCGCAACAGCCGGUGAAUCCAGAUGGAAACUUUCACGAAGAGUAUAUUCAGCAAAAGCUGGAGAGCGGACAAUUUCGGUUAUGGAAUGAUAUCCAAGCUAAGAUUUGCAUGUUUAUUGGUACAGCCAAGCUGAGCACGCUGAAGUACGAGUAUUUUAUUCAAAUUUUGGCAAUUGUUCAAAGGCUUAAAAAGGUUGGCAUUGAGUUUUGUGACGAUCCGUCUGCUAAACUGAUGGAGCAUAUGCAGCGACAGAGUGUGGAUUUUUUUCGUCGUUAUCAUACCACUUGUUUGGAGGAGAUAGGCCUGUUUCUUGAUCACGAAGUGUGGGUCCCUAUUAACAGCUUCACAGACGUUAGUCAGCUACAGGAAUACAAAAAUUUUAAACACGCAUUGCACAAAGGACAAAAUGGUCACCCAACUUAUCGCAGUGGUGGCAGAUUGUCGAGUCAAGAUAAUAAACCUAUUGAUUCGCUCGCACUUACCAACGUCCAACCGGCCAUAACUAGUACUUCUUCGUUGCACUCGCAGGACGAGAGUUCUCUGUAUGGAUCAUGUGGGUACUUUUUGCGUUUCACCGAAAUGAGUUCCCCGUUUGAUGGUGGAUUCGAUUGUACAAUGCUGGAAGAGGACAUUCUCGCUGGGAUUGCCGAUGAAUCGUCCUAUUACUACUCGGAGGAUAGCAGCGAUAACAACGAGACAGAAUUCGAUGGCAGUCCGGAAGCCAAGAAAGUCGCCAAAUCAUCGCCCACGAGUUCGCCCAGCAAUAGUUUAACCGUCACUAACUCCUCUCUGACCGUGCUCCGUUGUAUUGGUCGCUAUUUAUAUUUCUGCAAACUGCUGCAUGCGAUCGCUCCCCACAUUGUUCUUUCCAUGACCGAACUGAUCGACUUCUACGUAUACGCGGUACAUGAGAUUUUUUCCCGUGAUCUACCCGUCCCGAGGGAUAACCUGUAUUCUUCAAUGCUAAAAUGUAUUCUGUCCCGCAUUCAAUUAACAAUCGUUCCCAAGCUUCGCAAGUGGCCCCCAUCAGACGAAAUGAUUGCUGCAGAUUUAUCCGAUCCGGACGCUAUGUUCGGGCUACAGAAACGAAUAGUCGCUGCUGAGAGCUGUCUCGGUCUGGUCGGACAGUUCCGGCUACUGGAGGAGUACUUGGGUGGAUUGUUGCAGGUUACCGAUCCGGCGGCAUAUGGACAAUUGCGGCAGUAUUUAACGGAAAUGGUGCAAGCGGUGCCCGACAUUAGGAAGCCGAUUUUCAUGUGCGUUACGGCACGUGUCGUCGAUUUGCAGCUGGUUUUGCAGGCGAUGAGUAAAGUCAAGUGGGACAUUAAUCACGUAAAUGUGCAGCACAGUUCGUAUGUCGAUACGAUGAACAGGGGAGUACAACACUUUGCUAUGCGUAUGGAGGACCUGUCUGCUCAGCAGAUGAGCCUUCCGAAGGAGGCACUGUGGGAUUGCUUUGCGCAUGUACUUACGCAUCUGCUUGUGGAAGGCUUUUCCAGCGCUAAGAAGUGCACCCCGGGUGGGCGAGCUCUGAUGCAGCUGGACUACACCCAUUUUAUAUCGAUUCUGGAAAUUAUCUCCGCCGGUAAGUAUCCGGAACACCGAGCCUACGUCGAACAGUACAUCAAAGCGUACUACCAACCGAAGGACGUACUGGAGGAAUGGCUGAAGGAGGGCCACUCCCGGGGCUACUCGACGAAACAUCUGACCGCGUUGGUGCAGUGUGCCUGCAGCGGCGAUAAAAAAGUACGCCAAAAGCUACUGGCAAUGUUGGAAGCUGCCGGUAGCAGCGAAUGCAAUGGCGUUCCACGCGAUGAUCUGAACAAAGAAUCUUAAGUAUUAUUUUGUAUUAUUUCUCAGUCAUCUCUCUAUCUGUUCUGUGUUAUGACUCUAAUUCUAACUUCAAUUAGGUGUAAUUUAUUAUCUCUUUAGCGGGAAUCUGAAAGCAACAUGAAAGACAUAAUCUUUAG